AAGAUGGAGAGGUGAUCCAGCUGGAGCAUGGCCCGCCCCAGCCCUCACGCGCCCCGUUAUCUCGAAUCCUGGGCAGGGAGGGGAGGGGGCAGCAAUAUAUUUAGUCUCUGUCCUCGCCCUUUAUCUCAGUGUCCUCAGUGAGGCUUGAGCAGACCGGACGAGACAGAAGCCCCAGGGGCCUUCAAGGUCACUCCGGACGCCCCCUCACUGACCCUCCAAGAGCCCCUUGUCCCCUGCUCUGCCUUCCGCAACCCCUGGCUUGAGACUCAGCAUGGCGGACCGGAGCGGCGAUGCGGCGGAGGACCCGCCUCCCGCGCCACCCCCUGUACGACGCCGCUCCUCAGCCAACUACCGCGCCUACGCCACGGAGCCGCACGCCAAGAAAAAGUCUAAGAUCUCCGCCUCGAGAAAACUGCAGCUGAAGACCCUGAUGCUGCAGAUUGCGAAACAGGAGCUGGAGCGUGAAGCAGAGGAGCGGCGAGGAGAGAAGGGGCGUGUUCUGAGCACGCGGUGCCAGCCUCUGGAGCUGGCCGGGCUGGGCUUCGCGGAUCUGCAGGACUUGUGCCGACAGCUCCACGCCCGCGUGGACAAGGUGGAUGAGGAGAGAUACGACGUGGAGGUGAAAGUCACUAAGAACAUCACAGAGAUCGCAGAUCUGACCCAGAAGAUCUUUGACCUUCGGGGCAAGUUUAAGCGGCCCACUCUGCGUAGAGUGCGGAUCUCUGCAGAUGCCAUGAUGCAGGCACUGCUGGGGACCAGGGCUAAGGAGUCCUUAGACCUGCGGGCCCACCUCAAGCAGGUGAAGAAGGAGGACACGGAGAAGGAAAACCGGGAGGUAGGAGACUGGCGCAAGAACAUCGAUGCGCUCAGUGGAAUGGAAGGCCGCAAGAAAAAGUUUGAGGGCUGAGCCGGCCUGUGCACAGCCCUGGCCCUGGCCCUGAGGAUGGCCCCGAGGAAUAAAGCUUCUCUCUGA